AUGGCAAUGGUAUGGGCAGCCUUCCUUGCUUGCAGCUUCUUGUGUACAGCUUCCCAGAACAUUUAUUCGAGAGAAAACAAUCGCUGGGACAGUUAUUAUGAGACAAUGAUCGAAAUCCGAGAACUUCUCAUCCAACAGGAGCGGAUCCAAAAAUCUGUAGAAUCCCUGGGACAGAUGGUGAAGAAACUCGAGGGGGAUGUAACCAAGACCAAUGAAGAUGUUCAAAUCGUCAAAGGAGUUAUUCCAAGAGACUGUAAGGAUCUUCAAACCUAUGGAUACACAGAUUCAGGGGUGUACGACAUCUAUCCUUACAGAAACAUUACCAGUCCUGUCCGUGUUUACUGUGACAUGACAACAAUGGGCGGGGGGUGGACGGCAAUCCAAAAACGAGUAACUGGAUCCCUCAGAUUUAACAGGACCUGGACGGAAUAUAAAAAUGGUUUUGGUGCCCCAGAACAGGAUAACUGGGUUGGCAAUGACGUAAUUCACAAAUUAACGAAAGAAAGCAUUUCAUCCCUGUAUGUGUCCAUCACUCUCCAGAAUGGUACAACGCUGUAUGAAAUGUACGACGGAUUUUCUGUCUCCGACGAAGCAGGGAAAUAUCAACUCUUUCUUGCAGGACCUGCCUCGGGAACUUUAGGUGACAGUUUGUUAGACACUGGUGAUUCUACUCACGAUCUGUCUGGGAUGUACUUUAGUAACCAAAACAGAGAUAAUGACAAAGCUAGUGGUGGUAAUUGUGCUGCUGGCAGUAACAAAAAAGGAGGCUGGUGGUUUAACUACUGUCACCAGGGCUUCCUUAACGGUCCCUGGUACCCGGCAUUUUGGGAAUGGCCAUG